AUGCAAGAUCCUGUCCCUAUUGCUGUUGCAAUAAAAGUCAUCCUGACCUUUCUGGCAAUGACCUACCUGGAUAAUGUGCCAGCUUCCAACAGCCUUGAAGAAAGAGCUGAUGUCACAGCCCACUGGUGGGGCGAAUGGACCAAGUGGGCGGCCUGCACUCGGACAUGCGGUGGAGGAAUCCGCUUCCAAGAAAGGCACUGCCUGCAACAGAGAAGGAAGUUGGCGACCGGAUUUCUUAAUAAAACCUGCAAUGGGAUGUCUAAAAGAUAUCAACUGUGUGAAGUGCAGCAAUGUCCUCCAAGUGGAAGGAGCUUCCGGGAGGAGCAGUGUUCCUCCUUCAACUCCCGGGUCUACAACGGGCGCACUUUCCACUGGAAACCUUUAUAUCCAGAUGACUAUGUCCACAUCUCUAGCAAGCCCUGUGAUCUCCACUGCACCACCACCGAUGGGCAGAGGCAGCUGAUGGUCCUGGCCCGAGAUGGCACCUCCUGCAAAUCCUCUUCUUUCCGAGGGGUGUGCGUGUCUGGAAAAUGUGAGCCCAUCGGAUGUGAUGGGGUUCUGUUCUCCCCCCACGUUCUGGAUAAAUGCGGGGUCUGCCAAGGGAAUGGCAGCAGCUGCACUCAUGUAACAGGGAGCUACCGGAAGGGAAAUGCUCCGCUUGGAUACUCUUUGGUGACUCACAUUCCUGCUGGAGCAAGAGAUAUCCAGAUAGUUGAAAGGAAGAAAUCUGCUGAUGUUUUGGCUAUUGCAGAUGAAGGUGGUUCUUACUUCUUCAACGGGGAUUUCAGAGUAGACAUCCCCAAAAACUUCAAUAUUGCAGGGACCAUCUUCAAAUACAGGAGACCAAUGGACAUUUUUGAGACAGGCAUAGAAUAUAUCGUUGCCCAGGGACCUACCAAUCAGGGUUUAAACAUCAUGGUUUGGAACCAAAAUGGUAAAAAUCCAUCUAUAACAUAUGAAUACAUCCUGCAGACAAGACCUCAUUUGAAAAACCUGCCACCAAUUUACUAUGGCUUCUCUGAAUCAGAUAGUGAAGAAAAAACAGAGUUUGAAGGAGGAUUUCUUUUGGGGCUCGCUCAGCUCAACACCAGCCUGCUGGCCACCCUCUCCCAAGAAAAGGGCCACCUGGAGAAACUACUCUUUGACCAGCAAGGGCGAGUGGAUGAACUGAAGCUGAGCAAGAUGCAGCAGACCAAUGAAGUUUACCCUAGGACCCCACUUGAGUAUGGCCCUGUCCUCCCGAGCAAGAUCUCCACAGAAUCAAACACAACUAAAACCAAUUAUAAGGUGGAAGGAAAUAGAAGUGAACUGGACUCCCUACUCCCUUCCCAAGAGUUCCUUUUAGAAAAUACAAUCAUCCACAGCUUUGGGGAGAAGAGAUCAGAUUCAAAAGAAUCCAUCUGGAACAAGACCCUGAACAGUAUCUUUUCUCCAGUGAACCCCAUCAACACUUUUGGGCCUGAAAUAGACCGUCUUUAUGUUGAUUAUGAUGACAGUGAUGACCUGCUGGCUUAUGCUGCUAAUGGCACUUUUAUGGAGCUGACCCAUGAGGAAGCCAGCAACAUAUCUGCAGAGAUCCAGAUUUCCAAUGCAACUAUUUCUGCUGCCAAUGCCCAGGGGAACAGAACCCAGAAGAUAAGGAACCGGCUGAAGCUCUUCCGGAAGGGCCAGAAUGUGAGCCCAGCCGACAUGUACCGGUGGAAGCUCUCCUCCCACGAACCUUGCAGCUCCACUUGCACCACAGGAGUGAUGUCCACAUAUGCCAUGUGCAUCCGCUACGACGGCACGGAGGUGGAGGAGCCUUUCUGUGAUGCAGCCACACGGCCAGAGCCCAUCCAUGAGUUCUGUGCGGGAAGAGAAUGCCAGCCCAGGUGGGAGACCAGCAGCUGGAGCGAGUGUUCCAGGACCUGUGGAGAAGGUCAUCAGUUCCGCAUUGUUCGCUGCUGGAAGAUGCUCUCGCCAGGCCUGGACAGCUCUGUUUACAGCAACCUGUGCGAAUCGGCCGACAUCACUCGGCCAGAAGAGCAGAAAGUCUGCAAGAACCCAACCUGCGGGCCACAGUGGGAAAUGUCUGAGUGGUCUGAGUGCACAGCCAAGUGUGGUGAGAGGAGUAUGGUGAGCCGAGACAUCCGCUGUUCUGAAGAAGAGAGGCUGUGUGACACCAGAACCAAGCCAGCGACCGAUAAGAACUGCACAGGGCCACCCUGUGACCGGCAGUGGACAGUCUCUGACUGGGGACCGUGCAGUGGGGGCUGCGGGCCAGGCCGAAUGAUCCGGCAGGUCUACUGCAAGAGCAGUGACGGGCGCGUGGUGCUGGAGUCCCAGUGCAACCCUGAAGCCAAACCGCUCGCCAUUCACCCCUGCGGGGAGAAGAACUGCCCUGCUGGCUGGCUGGCCCAGGACUGGGAACGGUGCAAUGCCACCUGUGGCCGAGGGGUGAAGAAGCGGACGGUCCUUUGCCUGGAAAUUGUCAGUGGGAAGAUCAAAACCCGCCCGCCUACUGCAUGUGACACCACCAAGAAGGAGGCCGAGGAGGCCACCUGCUUUGAGCGCCCCUGCUUCAAGUGGUACACCACCCCUUGGUCUGAGUGCACAAAAACCUGUGGAAUUGGCCUGAGGAUGCGGGACGUCAAGUGUUACCAAGGGGAGGAUCUUGUUCGUGGGUGUGACCCACUCCUGAAACCAGUUGCAAAGCAGACCUGUGACCUCCAUCCCUGCCCAACCGAACCACCAGAUGACAGUUGCCAGGACCAGGUGGGGACCAACUGUGCUCUGGCGAUUAAGGUGAACCUCUGUGGCCACUGGUAUUACAGCAAGGCCUGCUGCCGAUCCUGCCGAGUGCCCCGUUCCUAGGGGGAGUAACGACGUGGGGGUCCCGUGCCCGAGCAGCAACUGGAGCUUAGCACCAUUAGGCAUCACCUUGUGGUCCUCGCUUCUCAUCUUCCUCCAGCCGCGAUGGGUUGGACCACCAACAUCACCUGCAGAAUUCUGGAUUGUUCUUUUA